UGAUAGAAAUUUUCGUUUCGUUUUUUAUAAGUCAUUUAUUAUGUAUUGUAAUAUCUACGUGUAAGUACACAUUUUAAUUUUUAGACGUUUCGACAACCCACGUUAACCAAAAAAUUGAAAUAAAUUACUACAAAAUUGGAAAAUAGACUUUUUAGUCGUACUAAAUUGAUAUCGCCAUGAUGUUCUUUGAUGACAUCAGAACAAAAUUUGGAGUAACAACAGUAAAACUCAUGAAGUCCUGGAUAUUCUAUAAGAAAAAAAUGGAAACAGCGUGCAACAAAUUGAGAUUUCUAUUAAGAUGCAGAACCUGCCGUAUGUUACCCAGUCAUCUUAUAAAUUGUUUUAAUUACGAUCGUUUUUUUAUCGAUUCAAAAUUUAAUGACACAAUGUAUGACACAAUUUUUAAACUUAAAAUUAAAAUUCUAAAUUUAGAAAUUAAAGACACAGUAAAUCAUAUCAAACGUUUAAGAAAUUUAGUUAACUUCAAUGAAUAUAAACUAUAUAAUAAAUUAGACCAAGGCACAUCGAAUAAUUUUUUUAAUCGUCAAUACAUCAUUUUUAAUCGCCUUAUUAAAAAUCUUAUCAGUAAAUCUAUAAAUAAAUUUAAUUGGUUAAAAUCAAAGUACUAUAAUUUUGACAAAAAAGAAAAAAUAAAUUCAAAAUGGAUAAUUAAUGAGUCAGGUACUAAGAUUCCAAACGAAGUUAUGUAUUUUCUCAGUUUAGGACAAGGGUUCAAUACGUUGGAUUAUAAUAAGAACCACAUUAUCGAAAGAACCUUAUCUAAUGUAGAAAGUAGCAUUUAUAAAAUGGAUACAAAAGUGAAGGAUGAACUUAGGGCAGAUAUUACUUUUGAAUUGCAAACUUUUGCUAAUGAUAACCAAAAUAAUUACAUUAAUAAGAAUAACAAAUUUAUUGAUCUCAAAAAUAAAACUAAACAAUUUUUAGGAAAUAAUAAAGAAUUAAUUGUUACAAGAGCAGAUAAGGGAAAUGCCACAGUAGUUUUGAAUAAAAACUCAUAUUUUGAUAAGUGUCAAGAACUCUUAUCAGAUACAUCAACCUUUAAACUUUUAAAAAAAGAUCCAACCCAAAACAUUGAGACAAAAUUGGAAGAUCUAAUGAAUCGGAUAAAAAGAAAAAACUCUUUAUCAGAUAACAUAAUCAAACAUUUAAAAUCUAACACAGGUGUCGCACCAAAAUUUUAUAUUCUUCCAAAAAUUCACAAAAAUGGGAUGCCAGGGAGACCGAUUACAUCUUUUAUUAAUUCACCCCUGUAUAAUGUCUCAAAAUUCAUUAGUAAUCCUAUAAGUAAAGCUAUAGGGAAAACUGAUUCUUAUGUAAAAGAUUCUUGGCACUUUAUCGAAUUUAUUAAAAAGUUAAGUGUAAUUCCAGAUGAUCAUGUAUUUGUUUCUCUUGAUGUUAAGUCUAUGUAUCCAAAUAUUCCAUCCUCCAUGGUAUUGGAUUCCAUCAUAAACAGAUGGUCAUUAAUUAAAGAACACACAAAAUUAGAAAAAGAAGAUUUUAUUGCUUUAACAAAAUUUUGCCUAAAUAAUUCUUAUUGCUGUUGUGAAGGAAAAUUUUACUUACAAAUUCAUGGGACACCUAUGGGAUCCCCUUUAUCUCCAUCCAUUGCAAAUUUAGUAAUGGAGGAUUUUGAAAACAAAGUAUUAAAUAAUUUAAAUUUUAAACCCGUACUUUAUAAAAGAUAUGUAGACGACAUUGUCGCCUUGAUUCCGAAAACAAAGAUUGAAUAUUUUCUAAAUGAAUUUAAUAAAUAUAAUGAAAGAAUCCAUUUCACAAUGGAGGUUGGAGAAAAAGCGAUAAACUUCUUAGAUGUCACAAUCCAAAACGAAAACCAAAAUAUUAUAACCAAUUGGUACAGGAAACCAACAUGGUCUGGAAGAUAUAUAAAUUUUAAUUCGAAUACGCAUGUUAGUCAAAAAAUUGGUGUCAUUUACAAUCUAGUUGACAGAGGCAUCAAGUUGACAAACAAACGAUUUCAUGAAGAAAAUUUAAAUUUAAUAAAAAACACUUUGUUAAACAACAACUAUCCGGAAAAAUUCAUUGAAAAAUACAUACAAUAUAGAUAUCGUAAAAUAAUAAAUAACAAUCUAAUAGCUCAAAACGAACCUUUUGACAAUAAUAAAAUUAUUGUUUUUCCAUAUACUCAUAGUACUCAUGAAAAAUUUAGAAAAAUUUGUCACAGACAUAAUAUGAAAGCUGUUUUUGAAACUAAUAAUAAUAAUUCAAGUAUCUUCCGUUCUAUGAAGGAUUCCACGCAUACUCUUCAAAAAUCGGAUGUCAUAUAUAGCAUUCCGUGUAAAGAUUGUGAUUCUGUAUACAUUGGCCAGACAAAGAGAAAAUUGAAAAGAAGAAUAUAUGAACACAAGUAUUCUUGUACUAAAGAUGAAAAUGUAUCUGCUCUUGUUCAUCAUUCUCAUGACAAAGAUCAUUUGUUUGAUUUCGAAAAUGUAAAAGUACUGAAUACUGAACCUAAUUGGUUAAAGCGGAAUUUUUUAGAAAUGUAUCAUAUUAUUAAAAACAAAAAAUCAAUUAACUAUAGAAGAGACACUGAAAAAUUAAGUCAAAAUUACAAAAAUUUGAUUUUCAAUGUCAAUAAAAAAUAAAAAAAAAAAAAUAAAGAAAAAAAAUUAAAAAAUUAAAAAUUAAAAAUUUUAAUAGAUAAAAAUUCUAACAUAAGAAUUAUUUAAAUCAAAACUAAUUAGGAAGGUGAUUGGUACUUUAAUUGAAUGCUAAAUAAUUGUGAACGCAACCUAAUUAGAAUGUAACCUUAUCUCACGCUGUAAACAUAACCUGUUAAUGUCUUGUGCCCAUGCUUGCUGACAAACUGACUUUAAUAUGGGAAAAAUAAUUUUGACAAUAGUUUUUAACUCAAAAAUAAUUUAACUUCAAUGCGAAAUAAAAACGAGACUACAAAAAUUAAGUGUUAUGUACCUGUACUAAUAUAUGAAAAAAUAUGUGCAAUAUUGCAAAACUAAUGCCAAAGUAUAGGUUGUUAAUGGAGUUGAUUUUAUACGAAAGACUUCUAUAUUGAAAAUGACAAACGUGGGUUGUCGAAACGUCUAAAAAUUAAAAUGUGUACUUACACGUAGAUAUUACAAUACAUAAUAAAUGACUUAUAAAAAACGAAACGAAAAUUUCUAUCAAUACACAGAUAUUUAAUAUAAUAAGUCGAAACGUAAAUAAACACCAAAAAAUUGAAAUAUAUUAAGUAUUUUUAUUAUAUUUUUAUUCAAACAAUUUUGAAUCUUU